UGUUUCCAGGAAAGUUUUGAUUUCCUUUCUGAUUUCAACUCUGACCCACCAACUUUCUUUCUAACGGGAGUUCCAGGACUGGAAGCUUUUCACAUCUGGUUUUCCAUCCCCUUUUGCUGCCUUUGUGUUGCCUCCCUCUUGGGCAACAGCACAAUUUUAUAUGUAGUAAUCGCUGACUCUAGCCUCCAUGAGCCCAUGUACUACUUCCUCUCUAUGCUUUCUGCCACUGAUGUGGGCAUCACUAUUUCUUCUCUCCCUACAACACUGGGUGUACUUUGGUUCAAUGCCAGGAUUAUAAGUCUAGAUAGCUGCAUUGUACAGAUGUUCUUUCUGCAUGGGUUCACCCUCAUUGAAUCCUCUGUACUUUUGGCCAUGGCUUUCGACCGCUUUGUUGCCAUCUGCAAUCCCUUAAGAUAUUCUAUGAUUCUAACCAACUCUAGAAUCAUCAAAGCUGGUGUGGUGAUAUAUGUAAGAAUGUUGAUCAACCUGCUGCCAUUGCUCUUGCUCCUUAAGCGACUGUCCUUCUGUAAGACUAAUGUGCUUUCUCACUCCUACUGCUACCAUCCUGAUGUGCUUAAGUGUUCAUGCUCAAGUGUCAAAGUCAACAGCAUCUGUGGCUUAGUUGCUCUCAUUCUGACAUCAGGAAUAGAUAUUCCCUGUAUUUUCCUUUCCUAUGUGCUGAUUGUCAAAUCCGUACUCAGCAUUGCAUCCCCAGAAGAGAGACAUAAGGCAUUUAGCACCUGCAUUUCUCACAUUGCCGCUGUUGCUAUUUUCUAUAUACCAUGGGUUAUCUUGGCUUUGGUUCAUCGAUUUGCCCAUAGUGCUCCUCCAUAUGUUCAUACACUGAUGUCAAAUAUUCAUUUUUUAAUUCCUCCAGUGAUGAACCCCAUUAUAUACAGUGUGAAGACCAAACAAAUUCGUAAAGCUUUUCUCAAGCUCUUUCCAAAGAGAGUAACCAACCUGAGCAUGCAUUGA